GUUAAACCCAGUUUGUUGUCGCAGUUCCCGAUAAUAGAGAAGAACACAGACUACAAAUUCGCCUACAAUUCUCUCUCGCGUUUACUUCUCUCUCAAGACAACCUACGUCCCCCUCUCGAAACCUGAAAGGUCUGUACUUUUCUUCAUCACUCCCUCAGGUUUGUUUCCCGAGAAAGCACGAGAAGACUGAUAGCUUUUCAAUAUGGGCUUCAAUUCAGUUUACCGAUCGUUGAUUGAGAUAUUCCCACAGAUUGAUAAGCGCUUGCUGAGAGCGGUUGCUAUUGAGCAAUCCAAAGAUGCUGAUGCUGCUGUGGAAAGUGUAAUCUCAGAGAUCAUUCCGUAUUGGUCGCAGAGGAGCUUUGCUGCUUUUUCUCCUCCUAAGGACAUUAGGUCCGUAGAUACAUCUGAUGGAGGAGUGGAGUCUGAAGCUGAAUAUGAGGAACAAAGCAAAUUGUUAAGGCGCCGGACGGUUGGUGCGGAAAGAGAAAUGGGCACUUCUUCAGGAGUAUUAUUGAUGAAUGGACAGGCUUAUGACAAUGAUGGUACUCUUGGUGCCCAUCUUACUGGUUCAACUAAUGAUGAGGCACUGACUACUUCUGCAGUUGAAGCUGAACAUGAGGAACAAAUCAAAUUGUUAAGCCGGAUGGUUGGUGGAGAAAAAGAAGUGGGAUCUUCUUCAGGAGUAAAGUCAAUGACCAGACAGGCCUAUGACAGUGAUGGUUCCAUUGGUGCCCAUCUUACUGGUUCAACUAAUGAUGAGACACUGGCUUCUUCUACUACAAUUUUGAAUUUCUACGAUUCAUGUUAUGGGAAGUCAAGUGCAAGUACUGGUGGGGAGGAAUUGAUAUUGUUGCGGGUUGCUCAAAAAAACAGUGAUCGGUUUGGUUCAGUGGAUGAACCCAAAAAUUUGACCAAUGAAGGUGGUGACAACGUGACUGUUUCUCAUGAACUGCCAACCAACUUGGUACAUGAGAUGGUGGGUGCCAGUGACAACCUGAUUGAUCUGCAUGGUGAGUUGAAAGAAUUUGAGGGUCCUUGUGCUGAUGAUUUUGAUAUGAUUAGUUGUGGCAAACUCGAUCAAGCAAAAUCAUUUUUAGAUGGCUCAUCGCUGGAGCGAAACAGUUCUAUGGUAGAGGUGGUUCCUUCAUCGCCUCAAGAAGAUACUGUGGAUACCAUAUGUCAUAGUCCUCAUGAGGACAUUGAUGCCAGUGCCUCAACUGAUGACUUUGAAAAACUGGAAGCAGGAGGUUCUAUUGACUUGAAGUCAAAUGAUGAAUUCCCUGUCGUACGAAAGGAGGACACGGAGGGUGAUGCCAACAUUAUCAUUACACGAUCUGGCCAAAUAUGCAGAGUUGACCUUCUUGAGGAGAUAAUUGAAGUUUCCAAGAAUCACAAGACACUGUUUGCAGCCAUGGAGUCAGUCAUGAACAUGAUGAGAGAAGUUGAACUUCAGGAGAAAGCUGCCGAAACUGCUGAAGAGGAAGCUGCGAGGGGCGGACUGGAUGUUCUUGUCGAGGUGGAGAAACUAAAAACAAUGCUGGAACAUGCAAAGGAAGCAAAUAACAUGCAUGCAGGGGAAGUUUAUGGGGAGAAAGCAAUUUUGGCUACUGAACUGAGGGAGCUCCAAACUCGCAUGCUCAGCCUGUCAGAUGAAAGGGAUAAAUCUCUUGCGAUUCUUGAUGAGAUGCAUCAAAGCCUUGAAGCACGACUGGCUGUGGCUGAGAAAUUGAAGAAAGCAGCUGAGCAGGAAAAGCUGGAAAAAGAAGAAUCUGCAAGAAAUGCGCUAGCUGAACAAGAAGCAAUCAUGGAGAUGGUUGUCCAAGAUUCUAAGAUUCUAGAGCAGGAGGCAGAGGAGAACUCCAAGUUACAGGAGUUUCUUAUUGACCGGGGUCACGUUGUUGAUGCAUUGCAAGGAGAAAUAUCCGUUAUUUUCCAGGAUAUAAGGUUGCUUAAAGAGAAUUUUGAUGAACGUGUUCCAUUAAGCAAAUCUAUUUCUUCAAGCCAAACAAGUUGCAGAUUAGCAUCUUCAGGAUCGUCUGUCAAAAGCAUCGCACUUGAUCUGCUCUCUGAGAAAAAUGGAACAUCAAAGUCACCAUUGAAGGAAAUUCAGACACCAACAGAUGCCCAAUCAUCAGGAAGCGGACAUGAAGAGAAAAUUAAUUCAAUGUAUGCCCAAUCACCAGGAAGCAGGCAUGAAGAGGAAAUAAUUAGUCCCGAUCACAGAGCUCUUCUCGAUGAUGGGUGGGAUAUCUUUGACAAGGAUACAGAACUGCAGCAGGACAACCUAGCUAUGUACAUGAUUGAUGGUAAUAAAAUUUAAAUUCCAUAUAGGUCUCGCAUAUUAGUGCUGGAAGGGUUUUAUCCUAAGAUUUUGAUUUUGACAAUAUUAAGAGUACUUUGCUAUCACAUGGAUUUUCGGAUAAUUGUAGCUGGCAUUGAUAGCUACCCUGGGUUCUUGAUUUUGUGUACAGCAUGCAUGAUGGAUAUAAAUAAAUAAAUGGCAUCUGCUAUCUAUAUAUUCUACGAGGUUACCUAGUGAUAAA